UCCUGGAAGGUAACCAUGGCUGCCACACUCUCCAUCCAUUUAACCCUUCGCUUCUUCCUCUCUCUUUCCCCUCAUACCCCAAUUCUCUCUCUCUAUCUCUCUCUUCUACUCUCAUUUCAUCUCUUCUCUCUACUGGGUUAGAUUUUCAUUCUCUCCUAAUUCCACUAUGAAACUCACCAAGAUCAUCCCCGGAAAGCUUCUCAAGCUCAAGAAAUCGCGUUCCGUUUCCAGAUCGGAAAAUGAAGCGUUGUCGUUCAGCUCCCAGACGACGACGUCCUCAUCCGCAUCCGACGACGGUUUCAAGAAGCCCACUGGCUUAUCCACGCCGACCAGCGUGCUUCCUUCGCUGUCCGCUGAAAUAUCUCCCAACGAAUGGCCGGAAAUCCCGGCCGACAUCUACUUCGAGCUGAAACAGGCUUUCGAGAUGAUCGACAGAGACGGCGACGGAAAAAUAAAGAAGGAGGAGCUGGAAGGCUUGCUCUGCCGGCUGGGGCCCGAGCCGCCCUGCCAGGAGGAGCUGAAACUGAUGUUAACCGAAGUGGACAGAGACGGCGACGGGUGUAUUAGCCUGGAAGAGUUCUACGCGAUCGGCUCCGCCUUCGCUCCGCCGGCUCGCGACGGCGAACUGAGGGACGCGUUCGACUUCUUUGACUCGGAUCGCGACGGGAAGAUAACGGCGGAGGAGCUGCUGAACGUUUUCAAAACGAUCGGGGACGCGCGGUGCACGCUGGAGGACUGCCGGCGAAUGAUAAGAGGGGUGAACAGAAACGGAGACGGGUUCGUCUGCUUCGAGGACUUCAGCCGUAUGAUGGAACAGCAGCAAAGAUAGUACUCCAAAUUCUCCUAAUCUUGUUUCACAACAAAAAUAAUAAGAAAAGGAAAAAUUAUUAUCAUUUCGCUGCCCUGAAAUUUUCCUUUAUUAUUAUAAACUCUUAAAUUUAAUUUUUCCAUCACAAAAUAUGUGUUGCACUAUAAACAAAAAUGUGUAUAUAUAAAAGAAAGUUUCUAUACACA